AUGGAAGCAGUUGAACCAAGAAAAGAUAUAGUUCGGCCUAUGGCCUAUGAGGUGGUAAAUGAUAUAUUGAUAGGAUACACCUCAACCCUAAUAGCCUCACCACUGGAUCCCAAAAAGAAGAGGAGAGGUACUUAUUUAGAGAGAAUCAAAUCUAGUGAGAAACCAAAGGAGAUAAAAGGUAAAGCAGCACCAUCAGCAUCGACACUGGUUACAUCUACUACUAAACCCAAAGUGACCAAAAGGUCACCUGCUAAAAAGAAACCGGAGGCUAUUCCGACAAAGGUGUUCAAAUGGACAUGGAAAACUAGGAAUCACUCACCAGAUCCUGAAGACUCUAAGUCAAAGGUAGAAGUAAAGAAGACAAGGCAAUCUACCAAGAGAGUGAAGUCAAUCGAGCAAAAGCAUUUUCUUCAUGCAAAAAGAAUACUUGUGCUACUCGAAGGCAAAUUUUCUGAAGUGGAACAAGACACCCAUUUGAAGGUGAAAACUUUUGUUGACAUGCAAAGAGUACAAGAAGCUAAUCGGUUGGUUGAACAAGAGCCUGAUCUAUCCACAACCAAACCCAAUGAAGUCUUUGACAGUAUGGGUGAAAUAAUAGUAGAACAAAAUGAUCCCAUUGAUGUUGAUGCACUAGAAAUAGAAGAUAUCACUCCAGAUAAGGAGCAAGCUGAAACUAAAAGAUUAGAGAAAGAAAAGGCAGAGAAAGCAAAAAAUGAGAAACUUGAAAAAGAGAAAGACAUUGCGAUAGACUAUAGAGAUGAUUCAGGUGUGCACCAUAGGUACAUUACAUGGUGGGGUAGGACAUACCCUGGAGACAUCUUCCCAGUAGAUUUCCCUAGAGGGAACCCCAAACCAUGGCGACAGUUAGGUGAUGGAGAGGGAUCUAAUAAAUCCGAGGAGGGAUCAGAUGAUCAAGUUAACACCACAGAAGAGAAGGAGGCAGACAAAGAUGGAGACAAUCCUGACACCGGAGAGGGAGAUCAGGACAGAGAUGAUGAGGAGGAUGGAGAGGAGGAGGAGGACGAUGAUAAGGAGGAGGAUGAAAAGGAGGAGGAUGACGAGGACGAGAAGCUUCUCGUCAAUCAUUUUAUCAGGGGACUGAAUGUCAGGAUAGGAGGACCAGUGAGGAUGACCACUCUAGGAAGCCUUCGGGUUGCUGUCGAGAAGGCCUUGAUAGCAAAGGAGAUUCAGGCCAUGCCACAGGACACGAGGGAUCAGUUUCGGAACUAA